CAAGCCGACCAAGUUCACGACAGUGGCCCUACCGGAGACGGAGAGGAGCACCGUCCACCGCCAUGUCCUCCACUCCAACCCAAGCAAGGCACAUAUACCCCCGUCCCAUCGUAUACGAAUCACAGACAAAGCACGAGCGGUGGUAGCUGGCCAGCCACCAUGGCUCCACCACCUCUGUUCCCGCUCCCGCCUCUCCUCAUCCUCCUCGUCAUCGUGCCUCUGUUCCCCACCGCCGCGCGGACGGCCACGACGCUGCCGCUGUACCGCCACCUACCGCACGUAGCCGAGGCCGUGGCAUCGCACCACCACCCGCUGUCCCGCCUGGCCGCCGCGUCGCUGGCCCGCGCGUUGCACCUCAAGCGCCGGGACCCCAACCACCACAGCCAGAAAGGAUCAGGCGGCCACCCGUCAGUACCAGCCACCGCCGCGCUGUACCCGCACUCCUACGGCGGCUACGCCUUCACGGCGUCGCUCGGCACGCCGCCGCAGCCGCUCCCCGUGCUGCUCGACACCGGCAGCCACCUCACGUGGGUGCCAUGCACCUCGAGCUACGAGUGCCGCAACUGCUCCUCCCCAUCCGCCUCCGCCGUCCCGGUCUUCCACCCCAAGAACUCCUCCUCCUCCCGCCUCGUGGGCUGCCGCAACCCCUCCUGCCAGUGGGUCCACUCUGCCGCGAACCUCGCCACCAAGUGCCGCCGCGCCCCCUGCUCCCCCGGCGCCGCCAACUGCCCCGCCGCCGCCAGCAACGUCUGCCCGCCCUACGCCGUGGUCUACGGCUCCGGCUCCACAGCCGGUCUGCUCAUCGCCGACACCCUGCGCGCGCCGGGCCGCGCCGUCCCCGGCUUCGUCCUCGGAUGCAGCCUCGUGUCCGUGCACCAGCCGCCGUCGGGCCUCGCGGGCUUUGGCCGCGGCGCGCCGUCCGUGCCCGCGCAGCUCGGCCUCCCGAAGUUCUCCUACUGCCUCCUGUCCCGCCGCUUCGACGACAACGCCGCCGUGAGCGGCUCGCUAGUCCUCGGUGGCACCGGAGGCGGCGAGGGCAUGCAGUACGUGCCCUUGGUGAAGAGCGCGGCGGGCGACAAGCUGCCGUACGGCGUGUACUACUACCUGGCGCUGAGGGGCGUGACGGUGGGCGGGAAGGCGGUGCGGCUCCCGGCGCGGGCGUUCGCGGCCAACGCGGCGGGGUCCGGCGGCACCAUCGUGGACUCCGGCACCACGUUCACGUACCUGGACCCGACCGUGUUCCAGCCCGUGGCGGACGCGGUGGUGGCUGCGGUGGGCGGGCGGUACAAGCGGUCCAAGGACGCGGAGGACGAGCUGGGGCUGCACCCCUGCUUCGCGCUGCCGCAGGGCGCCAGGUCCAUGGCGCUGCCGGAGCUGUCGUUCCACUUCGAGGGCGGGGCGGUGAUGCAGCUCCCGGUCGAGAACUACUUCGUGGUCGCGGGGCGCGGCGCCGUGGAGGCCAUCUGCCUCGCCGUCGUCACCGACUUCAGCGGAGGCUCCGGGGCUGGGAACGAGGGCAGCGGCCCGGCCAUCAUCCUCGGCAGCUUCCAGCAGCAGAACUACCUGGUGGAGUACGACCUGGAGAAGGAGAGGCUGGGGUUCCGCCGGCAGUCAUGCACGUCGUCGCCGUCGUGAGGUCUCACGACGUCGGCAUGGCGGGGAUCGGAGUGGAGGCCAGUAAUUACUCCAGAGUCCAGUCCACGUAACGCUCCAAAUUCCAAUUCCAAAAGCUGGCUGCUUGAUCUUUUGUUAGUGCUCGUGUACUGCUAAUAAAAACUAAAUUUACUGUCAUCUACUACUACUAUUAAGUUAUUGAAAGACGUGGCUUGCUUUGGGUUU